CAUUUUCUUAUAUCACUUGACUUUUUCCACAUUUUUUCUGCCAACUUCACAGCCUCUCUCUCUCUCUCAUAUCUCUCUGUUUAUUUUUUUGGGUUUUCCUUUUGUCGUCUUCUUCUCACCUGUUGUUCUUCCAUUUUUUAAUCAAGUCCCCCCCCGCCUCUCAUAACCUCUCCCUCUAACAAGCCAAAGACCCCAAGCAGAUUCUAUUUGUUCUAACAUGGAGAAAAGCCAUGAACUUGAACUGACCCAGAUGAGGAAAUCAGUAGAGAAACUUGGGUUUUCAACAGAGAAAUACGGGGAUCCGACACUCAUGAGAUUCUUGAUUGCAAGAUCAAUGGACACAGAUAAAGCUUCAAAGAUGUUUGUCCAGUGGCUGAAAUGGAGGUCUUCUUUAGUUCCUAAUGGGUUCGUUGUAGAAUCUGAAGUGCCUGACCAAUUAGAAGCCAGAAAGAUUUUUUUGCAAGGUUUGUCAAAGACAGGGUAUCCAGUGAUGAUUGUCCAAGCUUGCAAGCAUUAUCCUCCCAAGGACCAUCUCCAGUUCAAGAAGUUCGUGGUUUAUCUGCUAGACAAAACCAUAGCAAGUGCCGUCAAAGGAGGAGAAAUAGGAAAUGAAAAGUUGAUUGGCGUUCUUGAUUUUCAGAAUAUUACAUACAGAAAUGUUGAUGCACGUGGAUUAAUAACUGGAUUUCAGUUCUUACAGGCAUAUUUCCCAGAGCGCUUGGCAAAGUGCUACAUUGUGCAUAUGCCGAGGUUUUUUGUUAGUGUUUGGAGGAUGGUUUCUCGGUUCAUUGAGAAAUCUACACUUGAAAAGAUUGUAAUUGUGACCAAUGACGAUGAGAAGAAAAUAUUUAUAGAGGAGAUAGGUGAAGAAGCUUUGCCAGUGGAGUACGGCGGCAAAGCAAUCCUGAGAGCUAUCCAAGAUGUACAGGUUCCCACAUUGGAAGGUUGAUCCCGAUUCCACCCCAAAAUUUACAGGCCAUCAAGUGUUUGCUUUAACUCAACUCAUUCAAGUAUUUCAACAUGAUAGACAUUUGAUAACACUGUGGCGGCCCCUGAAGGUGUUAAACCUUCAAACGAUCAAUGUUGCUGCCAAUAAUCCAUCCCUGAGCCGAAUAUAUUAUAUGUAUCGAUGAUGAUAGUUGCCAACACGAUGUUGGCUUUCAACAAUGUAUCUCCACCAUCAUCAUCAUCUUUAAUUGCUAUAAUUUGAAAACAUAACCUUCGAAGGAUUAUCACGUCACUAGAUUAAAUUAUCUACUUUAUCCCCUAUUAUUAUGUA